GGCCGCGCCGUGGGGACCACCGAGAUGGGCCGCCUCCGGGCGGCCUAGAGGGGCGCUCGACGCCCGUGCUCGGUUCCGUAUUGGCUUUCGGAGACUCACUUCUUGGGGUUUUGAGGGGAACAGGCUCGGUUCAGGCGAGUUCUUCGUGCCAGUCUCGUCCGGCGCCAGCGUCCUCGCUUUCCUUAGCGAUUCGUCAGCACCUCGCCCCUGAACUCGCCUCUCUGACCCGGUGCUCGGGUGUCUGGGCCUCGCAGAAGCCGCCGAGGUAGCUGCGGGGCCUCCUAGAGCCCUGGUCCAGUCCCUUGCCCACCGAGGCGUGAUCGUCUUUUUUGUCCUAAAGAAGUUGGCCCAACUGCCUCCCGUGCCCGCUUUUAAGGUUCUUGCUCUUCCAAACCCAGAAGACAGUCCACGGAGCCAGGGAACAUCAGCCAUGCUCCAAAUCACUUGGCCUCAGGAGCCAGUGACCUUUGAGGAUGUGGCCGUGUACUUUACCCAGAACCAGUGGGCCAGCCUGGAGCCUGUGCAGAAGGCCCUGUACAGGGAGGUGAUGCUGGAGAAUUAUGCAAAUGUGGCUUCCCUGGCACUUCCAUUCCCCACACCUGUUCUGAUCUCCCAGCUGGAGAGAGGGGAAGCACCAUGGGGCCCAGAUCCCUGGGAAGCAGAGAUUUUGAGAGGCAUCUGUCCAGGUGGUGAGUCCUGGACUAAGACAGAAGAGCCAGUGGUAAAGCAGGAAGCCCCUGAAGAAACAGAGGUGCACAGCAUGCCAGUGGGAGGGCUUUUCAGAAACGUGUCUCAGCACUUUGAUUUUAAAAGCAAGGCACCAUGGCAGACUUUCAGUCUGAAUCCCAAUCUAAUACUUCGAGGUGGAAUGAAGUUCUACGAGUGUAAAGAAUGUGGGAAGAUCUUCAGAUAUAACUCAAAGCUCAUUCGGCAUCAGAUGAGCCACACUGGGGAGAAGCCCUUCAAAUGUAAGGAAUGUGGCAAAGCUUUCAAGUCCAGCUAUGACUGUAUCGUACACGAGAAAAAUCACAUCGGCGCAGGACCCUACGAAUGUAAGGAGUGUGGCAAAGGUCUGAGCUCCAACACAGCCUUGACCCAGCAUCAGAGGAUCCACACGGGCGAGAAGCCCUAUGAGUGUAAGGAGUGCGGCAAGGCCUUCCGUCGGAGCGCAGCCUACCUUCAGCAUCACAGGCUACACACUGGGGAGAAACUCUAUAAAUGUAAGGAAUGUUGGAAAGCUUUUGGGUGUAGGUCACUUUUUAUCGCCCACCAGAGAAUUCACACUGGGGAGAAACCCUACCAGUGUAAGGAGUGUGGCAAGGCGUUCACCCAGAAGAUUGCUUCCAUUCAGCAUCAGAGAGUUCACACUGGAGAGAAGCCUUAUGAGUGUCAGGCAUGUGGGAAAGCCUUCAAGUGGUACGGCAGCUUUGUUCAGCAUCAGAAAUUGCACCCCGUGGAGAAGAAGCCUGGCAAGGCCCUCGGGCCGUCCCUGCUGUGUCCCCAGGGCCCCUCUUCAGCCUUAGCUCCCAUGCCUUUCCAGGGCCCCUGCUCUGCUCCGGCUGUGGCCAUGCCUUCACUGGCCUUGCCACACGCCGUCCUCAUCCCUGCCUCCGGGCCCGUGUUCAUGCUGCUGCCCGCCUCUGGAGUCCCUUCUUCUCCUGUCCAAAUAGUACGAGUCUUCCAGGGUCUUCCUCCCACCGUGAAGCCUUCCCCAGUUAUUCUGACCCCUUCUCCUCACCCAUCGUGAGCUCUGUCUUGGCACUUCUCUGGCUGUUACACACAGCAGAUCUCCAACCUAAUUUAAGCUUGAUUUGUGGCUUUUACACCGUACAUGUGUUACAGCUGUUUCGGCAUAAACACCAUUGUAAUCGAGAUAUAUUUAAAGACUGUGUUUGUAUAAUAUAUUCUGUUUUUUUCUGGGUAGAAAAUGGAAAUACUUGACCUUCAUAUUGGUCCCUUUCAGGCUUGAACAGUAACGGCCGUGUCUGCAUUGUGGGGCUGCUGGUGGUCGAAGUGCUAAUAGGACGCUUUGGUGAAUUAGGGACGUUUGAGAGAGAGGACAUCCCCGCAUUAGGUCCCUGUGAUUAGAGAGGAGCAGCCUGGGAGAAACAGAGGAGGCAUUUAAGACCUGUCAGAGUUGAGAAUUGGAAUGAGCUUCCAACCAUAGCCUUUAGAAAUGAAUGCAGAUUGUUCAGUGGGUGAAGGUGUGGUGUAUUCAUGCAGUUGAAGUUGGGUUGCUAUUGACACAGAUCAUUGAGGAUCUUGUACGUCUCUGCAAAAGAUCAUUUGAAAUAACCAGUUUAAAAACAAAAAAAAACAUGCAGUGAUAACAAUUAUUUAUAUGAUCAAUAGCAAUCGUGCCUUUAAACAUGAAGCUGUUUUUUUUAAUCUUUAGUUUUGCUCUUGAUAUCUAAAU